AUGAAUAUUCGAGCAAGUCAGGAAAUACCUACCCCAAUCCGCAACAUUGAACUACGCAUGCCAGACCAGUUCAACAGAUUAAAUGUAAGAACAACUGAAAAUGGUCAAAAUAGUGGUGAUUCAAACAAGUAUGUAAAUUUCAACAAUCCGCACAAAGUUUCUCACGAGGUGCAAGCCCAAAAUAAUCACGCGAAUUUGCAACUGUGCCAUCAGCACAAAGAUUCCAAAAUCGUUGAUGAGAAAGAACGCAAAGACCUUCUAAAAUUCGGAGACAUGGUAAAAAAUCGGUGGCGCAUAUCGUAUAAAAUUGGUGGUGGUGGAUUCGGUGAAAUUUACCAGGCUCUUGACACACAGAUGGAUCCAGAAAAGAUAGGUCAAGGUGAUCCUGACCUUACAGAUCUCUGCUCUUCCUGUUCUAUCAAAGGUGGCAAUUAUAUCCAACGUCACACUAGCGCAAUUGCCAUGACUCCGAGUGAGUCGGACUUACGUCGACACCAUUGUUCAAGAUGUGGACGUGAAUUCUUCUCACCCUCCGCCACCUUCAUUAGAAGGGCAGGAAUUCAGCGUAAAUUUAGCGAGGACGGCCUUGAGUCUGCGGACUCGGGGAACUCCUCGGGUCAUUCUGAGCGUGGAUCGGUGCCGGAUAACUACGUUGUCGCUGUGAAGGCGGAGUCAAAUACUCAGUCUAAACAGAUGCUCCAUAUGGAGGUGGCAGUCUUACGAAGGUUAAAGGGCAAAAAGAACUUUUGCGACCUCAUAACUUGUGGUAAAACUCAGCGAAUCAACUACAUUGUCAUGACACUUCAGGGUAAAAACCUCAGCGACCUACGCAAAAAGGCACCUAAUCGAUCUUUCAGUCAUUCUACCUCCCUACGCAUAAUCUGCAAGUGUUUAGAUGCAUUAGAAGAACUUCAUAACAUUGGUUACCUCCAUCGUGAUAUAAAGCCAUCGAAUUUCUGCCUUCGUCGGGAUGAUCCCAUGGAGAUCUGCCUCCUUGACUUCGGUCUUGUUCGCCCCUUCAUAAGACCUGGCACUACCAAUCAAGUACGUCCUCCACGACCUUCAGCUGGUUUCCGCGGCACAGUCCGCUACGCCUCCAUCAACGCCCACGAAUAUCGUGAGCUUGGAAGGCAUGAUGAUCUCUGGUCCAUGUACUACAUGUUGGUGGAGUUUCUCAGAGGUGAACUACCCUGGCAACGAAAAAGCGGAAAGAAUUUAGUAAAGCAGAUGAAAUUAGAAACUGAACCGGUGAACUUAGGAAAGGAAAGUGGUCUUCCACCAAUCAUAGCUACUACCUGGGUCCAUGAGUUGAAGAGCUUGAAUUACUUUUUGAAGCCGAAUUAUCGAGAGUUAAGAAGAGUGAUUGAGGUAUGGCUUUUGGAAAAUAGGAUGGAGUGGAAUGAUCCCUACGAUUGGCAGAAGCAGUCUAUGGUGCGUGCAGAGAGUGAUGUCACCUUCACACCGUUGUUUAAGCGAAAUCAAGUCUCCGGACGCCAGUUUGUGCAGAAUAUAAAGCGUCCAGUUCACCACGACUCCACUGGAUGCCUCAGACGUCUAGACAGACGCGGGUUCGGUUCCACAGGGGAGUUGAAACGAUUUGAUACAGAAGAAGCGGAGGGUGGAACAACGGCUCUUGGUGGCAAGAGCACAGCAGCAGUGUGCGAGGAUGCAACAACGAACAAGAAUAUGGCGACAGAGAAGAUAAUGCAGGAGGAUGGACAUGAAAAUUUUGAGGACGCUUCCGAGAAGAUGGAUGGGAAAGAGAAAAUACUGGGCAGUCAUAGUGAUUUACACGUUAGUGGCGAUGAGCAACGAAAGGCGACGGAAAACGCCGAUCGGCAAUUUCUCGCCAAUUCAAAAGGCCUAGACACGGAAAAGCAGGGAGCCAACACCAACCUACGCCAAAAAUUCUUGUCUGUCAUCACACUGGGGCGCAAAAAACCUGGCAGUAAGGUUUCACUCGCUUGA